CAGAUGGUUCGCGUAACUUGUGUCCCUGUUUACUCCCCAACUUUCUAUUCUUCUGCUUUCUAUAUAUUCUCUUUCCCCUCAAGAAUGCUUUUCAAUAGCCAAGCAGACAAGACUGUGUCAUUAACGUCAAAGAUCCUAGCAUUUCUUAGCUUUAGAUUACCCGUUACUACAGUCUGAAAAUGAGCCGAGUUGCUGACACAAUGAACCACUGGCUUAGUUUCCCAGAAAACAUCGGAAAGUUGAUGUUCUCUUCACGGACUCAGGACACACACAACGAGAACACAGGCUUCAGUAGCAUACCAGCCGACAUUUUGGACACACCCAAGGAGUUCAUUUUCUUCUUAGAUGUUCCAGGCUUGUCCAAGACGGAUAUCCAGGUUACUGUUGAAAAUGAGCAUACAUUGGUGAUCAAAAGUGGAGGGAAGAGGAAACGUGAGGAAGUUGAAGAGGAAGGGUGUAAAUACAUCAGGCUUGAGAGGAAGCCACCCCAGAAGCGGAUGAGGAAGAUCCGAUUGCCGGAGAAUGCCAAUGCGUCGGCCAUUACAGCUAAAAGUGAAAACGGGGUUUUGACUGUGGUUGUUGAGAAGCUUCCUCCGCCACCAAAGCCUAAAACAGUUGAAGUUGCCAUAGCAUGAAAGUACGAAUGAGAGCCCUGGUUAUGUGGGAAACAAAAAUUUUGAGUUCUUACUGCUUCCAUCCAAUCAACACUAGAGAGUAGAUAGUCUUGGUCUUGGGGUGGGGGCUUUUUUGAAGUUUCUCAACUGUGGAAACUGGAGGAAUUAAAUUAUUGUUUGAUGUAUCAAGAUGUCAUCUGUAUUUCUGUUUGCAAUUCUGCAUUUUGCAUA